AUGGCUUCCUCCAGGCUCAUUCCCAAGUGGAAUGACUUUUUUAGGCUUGCAAAUGACAUCAUUCAAAAAAGCAAGAAACCCACAGAGGAUGAACAGAGUGACGUAAUUGUGCUGACUGACCGAUCCCAAAUACUAUUCAAAGAAUCUCGCUUUCCUCUUCCUAUGCCGACUAUAUGCUAUUACUUCAUUGAAGCCCAUUUCUUUGCCUCUCUCUCCUGGGUGUCAUCCUACAUAAAAGAAACACUGGCUGUAGUGUGGGUGAAGAACAGAACUGACGACAUGGUUGAAAAGCGAACAUUCCCGAUGUCUGAGCGACUACGGCCUAUCCAGACAAUGGCGCACACAGGCUCCUUUCAUUUCAUCGUGGUCUACUGUGGCGACAUGAUCUUGAGGCUCUUUGGCGACCAUUUUAGGGCAUUCAAAUCCAUGUGUACUGUGCCUUGCCGCUUUGAUAUCAGCUGUCUCUGCUUCGAUCCAGAAACAAAGAUGCUUAUGUCUGGCAUCCUGGGGGGAGUGGUCACCUGGACCAUUGAACCAACUGGCAAGGGUCUCCACAUGAUGCAAAUAUCUCCCAUCUCUGGCGACGAGAUGGUCCAAAACAUCACCCUGAAUGGCCCCAAUGGCUGCCUCGUGGCCCUGUGUGAAAAUACGGUGAGAGUCCUUGAACGCCAGGGUCAGGGUUACCUGGGAGAGGCACAGAGGUUUGUAGCCACUAACUGCAGCUCUCCCAUCAGCUGCUGCUUCACUAGCUUUGAGGAGAGUCUUCUCUAUGCAGGGAACAAGGCUGGGGAGGUCUACGUAUGGACCCUCCUUCAAAGCCAGAGCCCAUCUCUCCACAGCUUCAGAGCCCAUCCCACGUUAGUGGUAUGUAUACAGAGCCGGUUAGAGGCCCACACUCUGCUGACGGCUGGCAAGGAAGGCAUAAUCAAGGAGUGGAACCUCACUUCAGGGAACCUGCUCCGGCACCUGGAACUUGGUGAGGAGCUCUAUGGCCUCCAGUUUAUCGACAACACAACUUUCUUCUGCCAGACAACGCAUCAUUUUUCCUUGCGCCGUCUGCCCAGCUUCUACAGCCUCUUCAAUAUCUGUGGUUCCAUUCCCCAUCACUUACGUCGAGUCCGCUGUAGGGAGAACUGCUUCCGGAUCCUGUGUGCCACUGAGGAUGGCCUGUUGCGCUUUGUGUCUCCUGUAACAGGGGAUCUUCUGCUUAUCACUUGGCCUUUCUCAAUCCUCGACCAUGCUGUGGACUGGGCCUAUGAUCCAAUUAAAGAGGAACUUUUCGUAGCGACGGGCACCUCAGAGGUGCUAGUGUUUGACACGAGCCGCAACCCUUGCCCGGUCAAGUAUCUCCUGUGCACUUCACCGGAUGAUCAGGACUUCGUUCAGUGCCUGGCUUAUGGGAAUUUCCAUCUGGGGCGGGGGCUGGAAGGACUGAUAUUCUCUGGGCAUCAGAGCGGCUCAGUAAGAGUGCUGUCCCAGCACAGCUGUGCCAGAAUUGAGAAAAUUCUUCACUUUGGGGCAGUACUGGCUCUGUCAGUACUUUAUGGGGGUCUUCUGACUACCCGAGAAAACUCUCUGCUCUGUUCCUACGGGGUAGAUGAGUACAUACAAUUGUCAGAAGCUGUGUUGACCGGGACCCGAUUACAACUUAGGGCUCUGGCUUGCAUUCUCAGCAGCUGCCCACUAAAACACCUUGUCCUCCUACCAAAGGCUGUAGGUGCCAUUACGGAUACCAACUGCCUACGGCUCUGGAAGUUCCAUGAUUUUAUGUCCUUUGGGUCGAAGCAAGGCACCAAAUUCAUAGAGACGUUGCCUCUGCACCAGUGUCCCAUCACCUCCUUUGAUAUCUGCUUGGCCUUGAAUAUUUUUGUCACAGGCGGUUCUGACGGCACCGUCCGCAUCUGGGAUUUUCAGGGUAGACUCAUAGCCAUGCUGGACUCGUCUCUGCACUUUGGCCCACUCUGCUUUGCCAAUGACCGGGCCGACCUGCUUGUGACUUUCAACCAGAGUAUUUAUCUGGUGUCCUGCUUACAGCUGUUCCCCCCAUCCAUACUCUCUCGCCUCGCCCUUCUGACCAUAACAGAUGACCUGGUAGAAAUCCCGAAACCUUUUAUGCCAAGCUUCUUCUUUUCUUUUGAGACCUUAUUUGUACCUAAGUAUAGCUACCAAGGUCAACGGAGACAGGACCUAGAAGGCCUAGUAAACCUUCCCAAUAAGCGGGCUAUUGCCUUUGACCACAAUGUGCCACAUGUCAUAGAAGAAGAAGAAGACGGCAGCACUGUGUUACUGACCUCUUCCCACUAUGUUCCUUCGGAGGGACAUGAGUUGCUGCGUGGGUUUGACAAGAAACCCCAAAUCACAACUCACUAUGUGAUUCCUGCCCAGUUGCAGCUGACUGCCUGGGACGGACUGAACCCCUAUCAGAUACUGCGAUGCUACUUCGGACAUGAGAGGAAAUGGCUUAUUGCUCCAGAUUGCUACAUCCCUAACUCAGUGAUCCGUGCCCGUCUUUGGCCGGAGGGCAGUCCAAUAUUCCUCAAGUGCAGCCUGCACGCACCCCAGCGGGAUCUGGAAUGGGAGAAGGGUCAGCCAUUCUUCUUCUGGCAAAGCAGGAUGAGAGCGAUGAGUGAAGGAGGCGAAGCGCCACAGAAAGAGGAUGACGAUUUCUUAGAGGUGAGACUAACCAAGGACAUCACUUACAGUGUCCUCACAGAUAAAACAAACCGCAGCUGGCUGGGGAAGAAAAUGAGCGACGUGGCCAUUAGUAGCCUGAUCGAGGCAAUCCUCAACAUUAUGGUCCGUGCUAACCCGCUGAAGUACCAGUGCUGUAUUGGUGCACUGGGGCAGAUCUUCGCCUCGUACCAGGUGACUCCAGCUCUGCGCUCAGAGACAGCACACCGUCUGCUGGAUGACACGACCCAUCCCAACCCACUCAUCCGAGAACUAUCCUGGGAGGGGCUGAAGCGCCUAGGCAUGAUCACUCAUCUCUUUGCCUUGCCUCUGGCUCAGGGAUUGAUGGACAAGGACCAAAGAGUGAGGAGCAAGGCCAUGACCAUAAUGCCCGAUACUGGAAUCCAUUCAAAGAGCUCACUGUUAACCCUGAUCCAGAAACCAGGCAUUUUCCAGGAGUUGCAGCAAGAGAUGAUUGGGGAGGAGUCGCUGGACCAUCUUCUGGGUCUACGGCCCACAGACAUUCAAACCCUCAUUACUCAAAUAGAGCUGCGAUUAAAUGAUAACCUGUCAAUGUCUAAAAGAGAAAAGGUUGAUUUCUCUUUGGAAAUCCCGGGGUCUUCUGCACCUAGUCAGGCUAUCUCUUUGCUCCUACUUCCCCCAGCUCCUGAAGUACAUGAAAUCAAAACCACCAAAAGCCAAAGACAGAUCCGGUCAGCAGGCAGAAAACGGGCCCGGAAAAUAUUGCGAGGCCUCAGAAAGGUGAAAGACACAGUUAAACAGAAACAGGAGAUAAUUGAUCAGGGUGAAGCAGAAGCAGCUCAGGCAGAUCUCAAAAUAACCCACUCCAGGACUUCAGCUGGUAGCCUACUGAAGAGUCCCAAAGAGGUUGAAAUUUCAGAGAAAGAUAUCUUGAAGGAACACAUUUCCGUGGCCAUGAGACUAAGGAAAAGGCUUCACCCAAGAAUCACAGACAAAAAAGACAAGAAAGCUCGCAAACUCCGAAAGGCCAGGAAGAAGAAGAAAGAAGUCGAAGCCAUAGCUGUAGCUGAGCCAGAGGAACUCUUGCCUCCUGUAGUAGCACCACCUCCACUACCACUACCAAGGAAGAGAAUUCACAAAAUUUCUGGGCGGGGUGUCGGGGGAACACCAGGUAGGACUCUCCCUCCAGACAGUGAGUGGCGGGAUGAUCUCUGUCGGCUCACAAACCUGAGGAUAGCUGAUUCCCAAACAUGGAUGGUGGCUGAUCUAAGCUCUGAGCUAGUGGCUACUGCUACUGAGAUCCUGGCAGGUAAGUAUCCAAGCUGGGAACUUUUUGAAGAAAUAUGCCCCUUACUGGAGGAAGAAGAGGAAAGACAGGCCAGGGCAGAGUGGAAACAAGCCCGAGCUUUAAGAGUACAGGCUAGGGAGAAGAAGUUGCUCGCAAGCGAAGAGGAGAAACUUGCACAGGAAGAGAAAAGGCUAGCCCAGGAGGAGAGAAAACUGGCCCAAGAAUAUGUGAAAAAGGCUACCAAGGGUGGAAAACUGGCCCACAUAGAGAUGACCCUUGGUGAGAAAGAGAACUUUCUGGGCCAACAAGAGGAAAUUCUAAGCCAAGAAGCAGAGCUACUGGCCCAGAAAAAAAGGAAACUGGCCAGAAAGCUGGAGAAAAUGGCUCAUGAAGAAGAAAAAAUCGCAAAAAAAAUAGAUAAAGUGGGAGAAGUGAAAGCAGUCUUGGCCCAGAAAAUAGAAACCAUGCUGGAAAAGGAAAGGAAUCUGGUCCUGGAGGAAAAGGAGCUAAAAGAGGAAGCCAAGAGCCUGGAAUGGGAGCGAAGGGAGCUAGCUCUGAAAGAAGACGAAUUGUACGAGGAUGUGGAAAAACUGGCGGAGAAAAUGGAGGCUCUGGCUAAGGAGGAGGAGAGGCUGGCCUUGGAUGAGCAGAACCUGUCCCUGGAGGAGGAGAUACUGGCCCAGGAGGAAGAGCAGCAGAUGGAGGAAGAGAAAAGACUGGCUUGGAAGAAAGACACAACGCCUGAAGAGCUAAAGAGCCUGCAAGAGAGGAGGGAGAAACUGAGGGAGAAGAAACAGAAACUAGCCCAGGAGAGGGAGAGAAUUGCCCAGAGAAAGGCAGAACUCAAAGAAAAGAGGGCAAGACUGGCCCAGGAGGAAGAAAGACUGGGCCAGGAGAAGUACAUGCUGUCUCUGGAAAAAGAAAGGCUGGCCCAAAGAGAAAAGGCUUUUCGUGAUAAGGAAAAAAAGCUCCUGAAUGGGAAGGAGCAAUUAAAGGACAUAAAAAGCAAACUGGAGACAUAUAGAGAGAAGCUGAUUAACUUAAGUAAGAAGCUGAAGGAGGAGAAAGGGGCCUUUGUGGAGAAGAAAGAGAAGCUAGUUGACACAGAGAAGAAAAUAGAGCAGGCAGACAAGCUUCUGACAGAGAGGCAAGGGAAGUUGUCUGCGGAAAAAGUAAAGUUAGCUGAGGAGAUCACGGAAGUAAUUCAGAAUAGCAAACUUAUCAGAGAAGAGACUGAGAUUAUUAAAGAAGGGGAGAAGCUGACCUACGAAAUGAAAAGGGUGGCCAAGGAGAAGAUGAAGCUGAUGGAAGAGUCAGAAAAGCCCCCCAUGACAGAGGAAGCCAUCUUAAGGAGAAGGAGGCUGGCCACACAUGAGAUAGAUCUAAUGAAGAAGAGAGUGUCACUGGAGGAGAAGAUUCUAGCAUACGAAGAUAGACUGUUGGCCACAGAGGAAAAGGAUGCUGCCAGAGAGAGUCUGGAGCUUAUCAGAGAACAGAGGAAACAGGCCCACGAAGAAAAGAAAUUAGCCAAAGCCACAAGGAAACUGGAUAGAGAGAAGAGUGUUUCCAAGGAGCCUGCAGAAACUAGAAAAUCCUUAAAGGCGCUUCAAAAUCUAGUCAACAAAGCAAGGAAACUGACACAGAAAGAAACAAAGAUGACAAAGAUAAAUCUGUCACUGUUAAUUAAGGAGAGAAGGUUAAGUGAAGAGGAGGCGAGACUUGAUGCAAAGGAGUUGGAUGCUGGAGAAGAGCAACCAGAGAUAAUCAUGGAGGAGAGGAAGCUAGCUAAGAGGCAAAGACGUCUGGCUAGGCAAAUGAGAAGGCUGAGAACCCAAGAACAGAGAAUAAUGGCUGAGGAAGAAGGGGAAUUUGACUGGGAGCCAGCACCAGCAUCUGAGGAGAUGGAAAGCAAGGAACCAGAAGCAGAACAGAUAUUCAGGGAGGAGGCGGUCGUAGUGUCCAGGAUACCCACAAUGACACCCAUGAUAUCCUUGAGGACAAUGGUGAUGGAUAAAGAGCGGGAGCUGAUGGAGAAAUAUAAACUAGAACCUCUCCGCCUUCUGGAGGUGAUCUCGGAGUAUGAAACAGCAGGCAUGAUCACACCAUUCACAUCUCGGAUGGUUAGAAGGGCCAUGGAAGCUCACAGACUCCAUCUCAAAACGAAGUGGUUUCUGAAGCAUCAUCCUUCUCUGGCAGGACAAACAAUGGGGCAGCUUCGUCUCCCCGAGAUCUUUGCUGAGGAACGAUACUUAGAGAUAGGGGUAUCAGACAUAGAGUGGCUGCAUGGUGUCCUGAAACAGAUGGAGGCAGGAGAAGAACUUUCUAGAUACAGUUUUCACAGACUGUGUCAACUACUCAAAGACCUCACCGAAACAGGAGACCUGCAGUGGCUGCACCUGGCAGUACUUGAAGCCAUUGUGCACCGUCAUAAGCAGAUCGUGGAUUCAAGAUCUUUAAAACCUAGUAGAGAACCUAUGAGCCCCAAACAUCUGAAAGUGAUUCCUCCCAUAAAGGGAAGAGAACAGGAUGGCUGGCUGAAACCUUCAGCUGUCCCUGUACCAGGGUCAUUAGCUACCAAAAGUGUUACAGACCCAAAGGUUAUACACUGGCAUCUUCUAGGAGAGCCAUACAGAAGUGCCCGGCUGCAACAGUUGUCCAGUACUCUGGAUGAAAUGGAGACACGGUCUCUCGAUCCUACCACAAGAGACAUUUUGAGUGAUGCUCAUUCUUCCAUAAACAAUCAGACCCUGGCACUGAUGUUUCAAAAAGACUUUGGGGAUCUUAAAAGUAAAAGCAGGUAUCCCAAACUGCCUAAGUUGGAGAAAAAGCCUAUCUCCAAAAAAAAGGAAGAGGUACCUCCAUGGGAGACAUUUGUGGCACUCUACCAUGUUUUGCGGAUGCUACAGCAGCAGUAUGACAAAGACAAGGCUACUUGGAUGGAAAAGUUUUACCAGCUCAUGGACCUAUACCAGAUUAAGUCUCUUGGGAUCCAGAGGCUGCUGCUGGACCUGCUACUGACUGAAGAGUCCCAGUCCCAAGAGUUCCUCUCCAAAGAGACCGUGGAGGCUGAGGAGCUGAUGCCUGGGCAGCGGCUACUGUACUGCUUGGUUUGUGGUGGCUCCCACCCCCCACAAAUCCCUCUGGAGUUCCAGAAUGUCAUACCCCUCCCUGAACAGAACAAUGUGCAUACCAUUAGUUCCAAAGGCAUUACCAAGUACGGAAUCCUUGAACUUGCCUGGAAGAGCCUGCCCCAAGCUGAUAUUCACCUCAUCAGGAAAGAGUCCCAUGUCAUUGUCCCCACUCCCUAG